CUGAACCCCUCUCCCGUUAGUGGGGGCGGAGGGGUGAUGCUGCGGGAAAGGCGGGGCCGCGCACCGCGGGUGGAGAGUGCAGCCGGGGGUGGGGUAUGGGGAGGGAAGGAGGCUGUCCCACCCCCUCCGCUCCCGGCGCACCGCAGUGCCUGGCGUGCCUGCGCACGCUCAGUCGGGGCGGUGGGCGGGCGGGGCGGCGCUGACGUCAUCCACUGACCCCCUUCACCCCCCGGCCGAGGGGCGGUGGCCGCGCAGGCUCCGCGGAACGGACUCACGGACAGACAGGGGACGGAGGGACGGGCGUACGGCCAGGCCAUGCCGGGGGAAGCUGCCCGCGCCGAGCUGCUGCUGCCGGAGGCGGGCGGAACAGGACCCCGCACAGAUCUGUCCUGUGAUGCGUCUGCGGCUACCACCCCGAGGGGGGACCAGCUGGAGCACUGUGUCCUGACCCCUGAGCCCAGUGCCCUGGCUCUCACGUUCCUGCCCAGCAAGCCGGGUGCCCGGCCCCCGCCUGACGGAGCCAGCUGGGAUGCAGGGCCGAGACACACCCCCUCAGCCUGGGCAGUCCAGGCAGAGGACGGCCCCAGCCCAGGGCCCCCCGAGGUUCGGCCUGCUGAAGGUCCUCUCCCAGCCUCCGUGGAGCCCCGGAUCGUGAUGGGCGAGGAGACGUGCCGGGCAUCCCCACUGCCCAGGGCAACCCUGCCAGGGCUCAGGGACUGGGAGGGUGGGCACGCCAGCCUGAACCCACCCCCGGAGUUGUAUUUUCAGGGUGACCCUCCUGUGCCUUUCCCUGCCCCAGAUUCUGAUUCCUACUUUACCCCUCCCUCCACCCCGACCGAGACAGCCUCCACCCUGCUCCCUGGCCCAGGGCCCCACAGGGCUGCCCAGGCUGAGCUGGGGAACUCGCCGCCAGCCUCGCCCUCAGGCUCCUACGUCACGGCGGACGGGGACAGCUGGGCCUCAUCCCCAUCCUGCUCCGUGAGCCUGCAGGCCGCGGCUGAAGGGCUGGACGUGCCCUCAGGCUGGGGCUUCUCCCCACCUGGGUCUGUGGCCGAUGAGAGGGAGCUGCCCCCUGCCGGGACCACGGACACCUCGUCUGCAGAGUCCAGCCUCUCGGCGGACAGCAGCUGCUCCUGGGGCCAGGAGGGCCGCUUCUUCGAGCUGGACUUCCUGGCCAGUGACCCAAUGAUUCCUGCUUCCCUGCUGCCCUUCCAGGGCAGCCUGAUCUUCCAGGUGGAGGCUGUAGAGGUGACAGCGCUGCCCCCCGAGGAAGAGGAGGCGGCGCAGGAAGAGGAGGACGAGGAGGAGGACGAACGGGAGGCGCCCAUGCCCGGAGGGGACCCGGCCGGGGGCGGCGAGGACGACAGCACAUUCGCCUCCUCCCUGCAGUCGCUGUCCGACCUAUCCAUCACGGGGGGCGUGGACGAGGCCUUUGCCUUCCGAGAUGACACCUCGGCCGCCUCCUCGGACCCCGACUCGGCCUCCUACGCGGGGGGUGAUGAUGAUAGACUGUACAGUGGGGAACCCCACGCACAGCCCACCACCCUGCUCCAGGACAGCCCUGGUGAGGCCGCCUCCUGGGGCCCAGAGCCCACUCUUGGGGUGUCCAAGGGAGAGGCUGGCCGGGCUGCCGAGAGCCAGGAACCCAUCUCCGAUAUAACCGGGGUGGGCCCUGCUCCAGGCCAGGUGUCUGCUGCUGCUAUGGUCCCUCACGUCCCACAGAAAGCCCCAGGCCUCACUGGGGUGACCCCUCAGGCCUGGGCAGCAGAGGCAGGCUCCACCGUGGGACCAGCACCUGUUGCCUCAAUCACACCUCAGUCCCUGCAGGAGGGAGACGGUGCUGCCUUAGGCUUAGAGCCCCAGACCUUAAAGGGAGAGGUGGGCCUCGACUCUCUGCAGAACAUGAAGGAAGAAACAGGCCAGGGGUUUGCCGCUGCAGGCAGCCCUGAGCCUCAGCCAGAAGUGGAACCAGCAGCAUCCCCACCCCUGCAGGAUGCAGGCCUCCCCACUGGCCAGGGAUCUGAGCCCCAGCCGGAAGAAGCCGGCCCUGAGCCCCAGCCCGAAGAAGUUGACCUGACCGCAUCUUUGCCCCUGCAGGAUGCAGGCCUCCCCUCAGUCCAGGGAUCUGCCCCCCAGGACAGCCCAGAGCCCCAGCCCGAAGAAGUGGACCUGACGGCAUCCUUGCCCCUGCAGGGUGCAGGCCUCCCCUCUGGCCAGGGAUCUGUCCCCAAGGCCGGCCCUGAGCCCCAGCCCGAAGAAGUUGACCUGACUGCAUCUUUGCCCCUGCAGGAUGCAGGCCUCCCCUCUGGCAAGGGAUCUGCCCCCCAGGACAGCCCUGAGCCCCAGCCCGAAGAAGUGGACCUGACCGCAUCUUUGCCCCUGCAGGAUGCAGGCCUUCCCUCAGUCCAGGAAUCUGCCUCCGAGGCCAGCCCUGAGCCCCAGCCGGAAGAAGUGGACCUGACAGCAUCCUUGCCCCUGCAGGAUGCAGGCCUUUCCUCAGUCCAGGGAUCUUCCUCCGAGGCCAGCCCUGAGCCCCAGCCAGAAGAAGUGGACCUGACGGUAUCCUUGCCCCUGCAGGAUGCAGGCCUUCCCUCGGUCCAGGGAUCUGCCUCCAAGGCCAGCCCUGAGCCCCAGCCGGAAGAAGUGGACCUGACGGCAGUCCAGGGAUCUGCCUCCGAGACCAGCCCUGAGCCCCAGCCGGAAGAAGUGGACCUGAUGGCAUCUUUGCCCCUGCAGGAUGCAGGCCUCCCCUCUGGCAAGGGAUCUGUCCCCAAGGCCGGCCCUGAGCCCCAGCACGAAGAAGUUGACCUGACCGCAUCUUUGCCCCUGCAGGAUGCAGGCCUUCCCUUGGUCCAGGGAUCUGCCUCUGAGACCAGCCCUGAGCCCCAGCCGGAAGAAGUGGACCUGACGGUAUCCUUGCCCCUGCAGGAUGCGGGCCUCCCCUCUGGCCAAGGAUCUGCCUCUGAAGCCAGCCCUGAGCCCCAGUUGGAAGAAGUGGACCUGACAGCAUCUCUGACCCUGCAGGAUGCAGUCCUCCCCUCGGUCCAGGGAUCUGCCUCCAAACCCAGCCCUGAGCCCCAACCAGAAGUGGGCCUGACAGCACCCCUGCCCCUGCAGGAUGCAAGCCUCCCCUCUAGCCAAGGAUCUGCCACCAAGGCCAGCCCUCAGGCCUUGCAGGCUGACACAGGCUACACCCUAGGGACCAUGGCCACCACAGCCCAACAGAAAGGAGGCAAGACUUUGGAACUGAGGCCAGCACCUGAGAAAAGGGACCCAGACCACACUGGAGGAUCAGACUCUCUGGCCUCGGAUCAGAUCCAUCUGGGUGGCCUGGAGCCAGCUACAGAUGCUCGGAUACUCUUGGACGGAGAUGCAGGCCCUUCCAAGCCUGCCACAGAGGCUCCAGACACACCUGAGCCUGCCACGGAGGCCCCAGGUCCCCCAGAGCCUGACUCCAGUGGGGAGGAAGUAGCCAAGGGCCUUUUCGCACCUGAGCAGAGAGCCUGUCCUGAUGCCCGUGUGCAUGGGGGUGAUGGAGCUGAGCCCAGCUCGCCCCUAAAGGAGGCCCCGGGGGCUGAGAACCAGGGGCGCGGAGUUCUAAAGGUAGUCGUCUGCAGCCCAGAGGCAUGUCCUGCUGCCAGCCUGAAGGUUGGCCAGGUGGGGCCCCCAAGCCCAGUGGAGGAGGGAAGGACCACCCUGGGGCCCAGGCUUCCCAUGGCUGUGGCCUCAGAGGCUAGGCUGGGCUCCUGCCCAGAGUCUCCAUCAAGGGCUGUACCCAGGCUGGGAGGGAGCUGUCCCAAAGAUCCUGCCCCGGCAUUUCCACUGCCCUCAAGGCAGCCAGAGCCCGUGCGGGGCCCGCACAAUGGAGAGCAGGCCCAGGCAGCCCUGGGAGUCCUCGGCUUCUCCCUGCCGCAGCCUCCACAAAGCCCCAUAGGGGGCCUGCCCAGUGCACCCCAAGACAGCAUCCAGGGCGCUGAGUCCUCUGCUCCUGGUGCCCUCAUGAAGACAGUCCUGCCCCCCGUGGCACCCCCUGCCCCCUGCCCUUGCCAGGUCCCCGGGGAAGACUUGGGGGAGGGCGUGGAGCCCCUGGGCUCUCUGGGACUCCCACCACCACGGGCAAGAGCCCAGCGGGCGGUGGCUGCCUUCUCAGGGACCAAGAAUCCCCUCGGGGCCGGGCAGGUCAGCCUCCCACCCCACUCCCCCCUCCUCAGCCCCAAGGCGGCCCCCAAGGGGGCUACCCAUGCCAAAGACCUGGCCUCGAGGAUCUCGCCCCCCUGCCAAGUGCCUCCUGGCUCUGGGCUCCGGAGCCCAGCCGGACCUCGAGGGCUCCCAGCCGUCAAGCAGCACGAUGACCAGGACAGUUUGGAAGAAGACUCACCCCAGGCCCCAGGCUCCGGCCAGCACUCAGACAGCCACGGGGAGUCGUCGGCCGAGCUGGAGGAGCAGGACCUCUCGGGACCGCAGACCGCGCAGUGCCCAGCCCAGGCCCUAGCAGGUGGCGGGAGCGAGGAGACCGUCACCAAAGUCAAGCAGAGCCGCAGUGAGAAGAAGGCCCGAAAGGCAAUGUCCAAGCUGGGCUUACGACAGAUCCAGGGGGUCACCAGGAUCACCAUCCAGAAGUCCAAGAACAUCCUCUUUGUCAUCGCCAAGCCUGACGUCUUUAAGAGCCCGGCCUCGGACACCUAUGUGGUCUUCGGCGAGGCCAAGAUCGAGGACCUGUCCCAGCAGGUGCACAGAGCUGCGGCUGAGAAGUUCAAGGUACCCUCGGAGCCCUCCGCCCUGGUCCCCGAGUCAGCGCCUGGGCCGAGGGUGAGACCAGAGUGCAAGGAGGAGGAAGAGGAGGAGGACGACGAGGAGGUGGACGAGACGGGGCUGGAGCUUCGGGACAUUGAGCUGGUGAUGGCGCAGGCCAACGUGUCAAGGGCCAAGGCUGUGCGGGCCCUGAGGGACAACCAGAGCGAUAUCGUCAACGCCAUCAUGGUGAGUGGCCGGCCCCUUCGCAGGCGCCUUGCUGCCGUGUCCGCUGUGGCCUCACACAACGUGGCCCUCUCUUUGUGCGCUUCCUGCAGGAGCUGA